AGAUACACAAUGGCAACUAGGAAUGACAAGUGCUCUAACCGUUGUCUGCAGGUGAAUUUUGUAUUAAAAUUGAUUAAAAGGUUUUUCUGGAUCACAGAAAACGAAUAACAUUUCCUAUAAAUUUGAUGCUGAUAUGGCUGAACUCAAUCCUUGUACUUAAUUCAUGUUUGCCAGUUAUUAGAGGCAGUAUGGCCUCAACAUACAUGCCUGUUGAGACUAUAUUAAAAGUAGAUGACAGUGAACUUUUGAUUGGAGAGAAUCAAAAACUUGAGCAGCCUAUAUCAGCUUCAGCCAAUUAUGUAUCAAUCGGCACUCAGUGUGAUUGGAAAGUUGAAACUGCUGAAACUGGAGCAUCUAAUGUCCUACCUACAGAAAAUGGUAGUUCUAAACUUGAUGUUAUUGGUUCAGAUAAACUUCGUAUUGGCAACAGGCAUACAGAGGAAAUGUCAUUGGUCAUCAGAGACUGGCCUUCCCAUCCUGAUCCUAGCAUCUGCACAGAGCAGAAGCAUCUCAUACCAGCUGAAGCCCUUUCACAGCAGAUUGCAUGCAACAUUCAGGCAUUGCCCAUAGAUGAAAAGUUUUUCUUGCAAUUUGACUACAAAACCAGAAAUAAACUUAAAACCAAGCAGAGACGUUUGGAUCCAUAUUACAGAACACAGGAACGAGUUCGGCAGAGAACAGUUAUGAGGAUUAAACGUCAGGAUCCUCGCUUUCGUGCUGCAGAACGUGAAAAAGGACGAUACCGCAUGCGUUUAAAAAGGUUAGAUCCAGUUUUUCGUUCACAAGAAAGGGAACGCCAGAGAGAGCGUAUGAAGAUGAAGAGGAGUGACCCAUGUUUCCGAGAGAGGGAGAGAGAACAACAGAAGACUAGAUUGCAUGUUAAAAGACUAGAUCCAGCUUAUAAAGAAAAAGAACGUGCCCAAGAUAGACUUAGAAUGCGAAUUAAGCGUCAGAAUAACGGAUUGUAUUCUGCUGUACAAGCUGAGAUAGCUAAAACAAGCCCUAAAAUUGAAAAUGACAUUGCAGUUACAGAAAGUCAAACUUAUAAAGAGAUAACUGAAUCCCAUACAUCUUCUGUUGAGAUGAGAAACAAUCAGGCUGUGUUCCCUGAAAACUUCAAUACUAGGUUCUUAUCUGUUAAACCGAGGGAUUCCACUGUUGAAGGAUUUCACUUCAAGAAACAGCACAUUCUGAAUUUUAAUUUUUAUAAUAGUAGCAAGGAACAGUGGGCUAGUCAUGAUGAAAUGUGUCCUAAAGGUUUAACCAGCUUCAGUGUUGCAGGAGAAAGUGGUAAAUUUCAAAUUUCUUCAACACAUGAAAACAAUAUUGGCUUUACUCUAAAGGAACAUCCUACAAAUCAGAAAAAAACACUAAAAAAUGAUAUAGUUCCUAAUAAUUUGGUUGCAAUUAAAUCGACUGAAAUAUUACAUAUUGAGACAAAGAAAACAAAGAGUUUAUUUAGCCAUGAUACUACAACCAUUCCUAGAUUUCCACUUCAGUCUACUGUAGAUAAAUUGCUUUAGAAUUGGUGCAUAAUACUGUUUUACCUUAUUAAUCUUUUAACAAAAGCAAAGUUUGUAAUGGAAAAAUGGUACUUGCGUAUUUUGUCUUCGACCAUUUUCAACAGUGUUACCAAACAGUGCAAAUCAUCACCAGUAGUUAAUAAGCAUGAUAUCACAAUACACGUAUAAGAACUUUUCUCUGAUUUUAUGUAACUGUGAUCAAUAGUAAGCCAGGUUAGGUUUGUAAGGAAAGUUUAAAUGAACUUCUGUUUCUGUAUUCUUCUCAUGCAUUUUGAAAAUUGGCUAAUAUUCAGGACCUGCCUCCUAGAAAAAAAACAAAUAGGGGUUUAUUUUCUGAGUUGUGGGGCUGAUUUUACUGAUGCAUAUACCUUGAAACAUUAAAAGACUGUGGAUUCAUCUAAAUGAUGCAGUUAAAGAUAUCAUGGAACAUUGCAAAACCACUAGAUUCAUAUUGAAGUGAAUUUAUGUGCCAUCAAAUUCAUACAGGUGUUGACAGUUUUGUUGUUAUUUUAUAUUCCAUUAGGAAUUUUUCAUUGCCAAAAUGAUUGGCACGAGUUUUAAUGAAUUUAUCAGAUAAAUUCAAAGCUUAUUGUCAUUUAAGUUUUUAUGUAUCAUAUUUGUAAUAUGCUAUAUAAAAAUUCAUAAUAUGUCUGUUGGUUAUUUAAUCAAAGUGUGAUGUGUUAUUAUCUAACAAAAUAAAGAACAAGCUGUUCCUUUGAACUUCUAUCAGAAUCAUAGGUGCAGUUUGGGCCAGAUACCAGCUAACUUUCAUGGUCAAUGAGAAAAUACGUUUGUACAGAAAUAAGUUACUUGAAGUAAUUUGUAUUAGUCAUGUAUUAUAAUUGUGUAUAUGAAAUUAUAUAUAAAUAUCUGCUGACAGUUCCUUUAUUUCCAAAAAUAAUUUGUGCAUAAAAUGUAUUAAAAGUCAAGUUGAAUGCACUUAAAAAUAUGGUUAAACAAAUAAAAAUGUCAAUAAUGGCUUCUUUUUUCUAACUCAGAUAAUUUGAAUAUUGUAUUAUACAAUUUUGUAUCACAGCUGCCAAUGUUGAAAUAUGAAAAAUCCGUAAUUUUUCACACAAAAAAAGUUUGUGCCAUUUCAGAAACUUUAUUUCAUAACUCCAAACUGGUAUAAAUUCAUUUUGUAACACAUGAUUUAUGUUAUUGAGUAUAAUUUAUUAGCGAUCGAAAUUUCAGAUUGACAUGAAUUAACUUUAUAAUGCAUGGUUUAGGUUUUAUAUCAUAUGAUUUUGACAUAAAUUAACUUUAUAAUGCAUGGUUUAGGUUUUAUAUCAUAUGAUUUUGAUAUAAAAUACUUUAAUAUUUAAUUGUAUAUCCAAAAUUUUAUUUUUUUCUGGCUUUGUAAAAUUUUAUUUUGUAAGUUUCGUACUCUUUUAUACUGACAAAAACAGCUUUGAUCGGUAUACUUGUUAGCACUGCUAGGUACCAUGUUGUUGGGUCUGAGUUUGAAUCUUGGAGAAGGCUUGGAUGUUUAUAAAGUAUGGAAGAAAGGGUAGACCCUCGGAUGCAUCUCCCAGGAUGUUCUCCAUCAAAAUUUGGAUAGAACUUCCCCCCUUUCUCAUGGGUGUAAAAUUGGUCGCCUCCUCUAGUGCACUUGUACAAGGUUCUCAGUGAUGAAAUGGUUAAAUGACCAAUGAAGUAAUGACCCCUGAUGAUUAGACAUUGCUUGAAUCUUCAUAAAAUUAUAUCUAAAUGUCUACAGUAGAUUAAGACAGAUUAAGGGCAAAUAAUAUUUAGUAAGAAGCAUUGUGCUGAAAACUAUUAGGGUAAGAGGAUAGACUUACUCAAUUUCAUUAAUUCAAUAAUGUUAUUAAUUUCUGGUAAACAUUUUCUUUGGUAAAGGCUAAAAUUAAAAACCAGGUCAUUUGGUGAUCUACCAGGAGACUGGGAGAUGAAAAACUGCAGAAGUUGGCAGCUGUGAUGUAUUAUAAAAAAUUAAUUUCUCUUUAAAUGAUGUAUUUGUGGCAUGUGUAUAUAUCACUAAUGUAGAGCAGCUUUAUCCGAUCAACAUUUGUUUUGUAUAUAAAUUUGCUGUGACUUUUUUUAAUAAAACGUUUUACUAUUUGUGCAGAUUCAA